AUGGCCUCUUCCAAACAAGAAGACAAUAACCGGAAAUUGCUGGAAGAACUGAAUAGAACUCGACAGUUGAUGAUGAAGAACUCGGGGGCAUCGACUCGUUCGCUGGCAUCGGAUUCAAUAGUUCCGCGUUGUGAUCCACGUACAGUUCAGUUAGUAAAUAAUUUGGAGUUGCAGACAUCGAUUACGUUUAUCCCAACUAACUCACAGUAUAACAAUACUAUAUUACCGGUUUUUCCGAGAAUACCACCUCCUUAA